AACGGACGUUUGUUUUUUCAACACGCUGAGAAUUUUAGUUUUAAGCGAUAAUUCGCAAAAAAUGCCCGAGACCUCGGAUAAAUCUGAGCUUAAGGGCGAGAAAGACAACUUAAAAAGGAAAAGUAGUGGCUCUAGAAGCGAACACAUUGAAGCAAAUGUUAGAAUCAUCGAAAGAGGUGAUGGCGCCGAUGGCGCCAAAACUGACUCACAUGGUUUACAAGAGCUGGCCGCUACGCUGAGACAGGGUUUCACCCAGAUGUCUCAAGAUUUAUCCAAGACUAUUGCUGAGUCGUUCAAACAGUUUCAGUCAGACUUUGAAAUACAAUAUGUUGACACGGAGGAAGAACAGGAGGCAAAAUCUGCCGAGAAUGACCACGAGGUCAGCGAAGAGCCCCCCACGAAGAAGAAGCGACAUGACAAAACUACGAGCUUAGAAGAAGCUGUGACAAAGCUGGCUGACUCAACCGGGGCUCAAAAUAUGCCUUCUAAUGAAGGAAAAUUUGAGGUACUUAACAGCUUGAAACAAGAGCUGAAGAAAGAGGAGACGGGCCUAAGUGUAAACACAGAGCUGGCGAAUGUAGUGAAUGCCAUGCUCAAAGAAGGGCUGCCUGAAGAGAAACUUCAG